AUGCCCCUAGACCAGAAUGACAGCUGCGAGCUGGCUCUCUUGAAGGAACAGCGGGAAUAUUCGUUACUGCUCCAUGUCGACCCAUAUAACCCGAUCCGAUAUUUACAACGAGGUCUAAUAUAUCAGAAACUUGGUUUCCCUGAUCUAGCAGCUGCAGAUGCCUAUCGUGCUUUAACUCUAUUUGACGCCGUGGUAGAUCCGGAUUCCAGUGAAUAUCCUGCUCAGAAACGCGCUGGGCCGGUCGCUUUGUUGGAUUCAAGUUCCACUCAACCCCUGGAAAGGUCUUUGGCGGCGCUGUCUACAAAUGAUGAUGUAGAUGGCGAUUCAGACAAUGACGACAGCGACGAGGGUGAAAAUUCUCCAUAUGAACCAAUCUCUGAUAAGGAAUAUGACGAAAACAUUGCCGACGUUUACGUAUUGCUCGUGGAAAGUUUAGCACAGUGUGGCUGCCUGCGGGAUGCAUAUGACCUCUGCGUUCAGGGUAUGAAAUUACCUGGAGAAGGCACCAACACUGGUGCGCGGCAAGAGGAACUGAGGGGUUUACUUGGCCGAAUUAAAGCAACGGCGAAGACCACAAACCCUGCCUCCGGAUUUAACCCCACGGAUCUCCAGGUUCAAGGCCAUGCUAGAAGGUCGUUAUACCCGUGGAACACGCACGAGCCGAAUCGGAACACACCAGAGGUAGUGCAAUUCUUGAACCAACGUUUGGCACAAGUAGCGCCAAAAUGCGAGGUGCGGGCUGUCGCUUUGCCUUCCUUACAUGAAAGCGUUGUGGAUGGGAAGCUGCGAGAAGAUAUCAAACCAGAAGGUGAAAAUAUUUCUAUUCAGCUUGGCCUGUUUGCAAAAGAGGAUAUUGCUCCGGGCGAGAUUCUUUUACAUGAGUCGUCGAUGUUAACAGCCACGAAUCGGUUACAUGAUGAUAUAUGCGAUGCUUGCAAUGGUCGUUUGCCGGAUCUUUCUUCGCCUGAACCACCUGUAGCCUGUGAAGACUGCUAUGAUACUAUAUUCUGCAGUCAAAAGUGCCAUGAUCUUGCCCAGGACCUGUAUCAUGGCGCAGUCUGCGGGCAGGAUGGGCUAGAGUCGAUAGGGAAGGACGUUCCAGACCCAAAGGACAAAGCCGAUUAUUUAUAUCUUUUAUUGCUUGAACGUGCAAUCGCAAUGGCGGCUACUCAAGAGGUCCACCCCCUCGAACUUCCGGAAGUCAAAUAUAUAUGGGGCGAUUUCUCCUCCUUGGAUGGGAAGGCCGAGGAUCUUAUGGAUGCAUCCUUCACUAAGCGGCCGGCAUCCGCGACUUUACCAUUUUCUUUUCAACUCAACAUCGUCCAACCCAUGCGCAUAUUAGAUGAGAUGGGGAUUGACCCGUUUAAAUCACUAGAACGAUACGACACAUGGGUGCUCAAUACGUUGUAUGCCAAAUUCCGUGGCACUGCAUCGGGCCGCUUAUCUACCUGGGAUGGCGGACCAGAGGUUUGCGCUGUACAUCCCCUUUGGUGUUUGGCAAAUCACAGUUGUGAUCCAAAUGUGCAAUGGGAAUGGGGUGGUGAGGUUACGUUUACUGCUAGAGGUGACGAAAAGAGGGUAAAAUGGGGCCCGGCUCCUGGGGUAGCCAAGGGAGGUAUUCAGAAAGGGGAUGAAAUUCUAAACCAUUAUUGUGACAUUAACCUUCCAGUUAAGGAGAGGCGCGAGUGGGCAAUGGGAGCAUUAGGAGGCGCCUGUCUUUGUGAACGCUGUGUCUGGGAGGCGGCACCUGUGAAAGCUUCUUAG